CCAGAGAAGAAGAAGAAGAAGGAGAAGAAGGCUCGUCUCAGCCAGCUGCCUUCUCGACGGAAUAAACAUGACGAUGUUGACAACUACAAUUUCCUCGGUGCAGCUGCACUAAAAGUACAACACUGAAACCGGCGGGGGACGUUGGAUAUUGUGUUUAACUACAUUUCUGACAAACUGCUGUCUGAGCUCUUGGAUCGGGACAAACACCGUUUUUUACAAGUUGAGAAGUGGACCGUAAACACUGCAAUGCCUCUGCUGUUUUUGGAGAGGUUUCCUUGGCCCAGCCUGCAGACCUACACAGCGCUGAGUGUGGCUUUGCUUGCUGGCAGCAUCUUUAGUGCCUACACCACUGUGACUGAUCCGGGGUUUGGGGUCUUGGAAACAGAUGAAACGCCAGCUCCCCCUGAUGUGGAUCUUGAACAUCUUAACAAUGAUAUUAGCAACACAGAAUUGGCAACCACUGUCCUGUGGUAUCUUGUCACAGACAGUCUCUUUGUAUGGGUCUUGGUCAACACAUUCUGCUGCUCCUUGAUGUUAAUUGCUAAAAUGAUUCAGUAUGUGGUGUUUGGCCCGCUCAGGGUCAGUGAGAAACAGCACCUGAAAGACAAGUUCUGGAACUUCAUCUUCUACAAGUUCAUUUUCAUCUUUGGCGUGCUGAACGUGCAGACAGUCGAGGAGGUGGUGAUGUGGUGUUUGUGGUUCUCUGCUCUGGUGUUUCUCCACCUCAUGGUGCAGCUCUGCAAAGACAGAUUUGAAUACCUGUCUUUCUCGCCCUCCACUCCCAUGAACAGCCAUGUACGAGUGCUUUGUCUGCUGGUCUCCCUGCUGCUGGACUGCUGUGGUCUGGCUGUGGUCUGUGGUCUGCUGGGAGCUUCCCAUGGCAUGCACACCCUCUCCUUUAUGGCAGCUGAGUGUCUGCUGGUGACUGUACGCACUGGGCAUGUCAUCAUGCGAUACUCCAUUCAUCUGUGGGAUCUGAACCAUCCAGGGACCUGGGAGAGUAAGGGGACAUAUGUCUACUAUACAGAUUUCAUCAUGGAGUUGGCUAUGCUCUUCCUCGACCUUGUGCACCACAUCCAUAUGCUGCUUUUUGGAAACAUCUGGCUGUCCAUGGCAAGCCUGGUUAUCUUUAUGCAGCUGCGGUAUCUCUUCCAUGAGGUCCAGCGCCGCGUCCGCCGACAUAAGAACUACCUUCGUGUCAUCAACAACAUGGAAGCCAGAUUUGCAGUUGCUACAGCAGAGGAGCUGGCAGCUAAUGAUGAUGAUUGUGCCAUCUGCUGGGACACCAUGUUGACAGCACGCAAACUGCCCUGUGGCCAUCUCUUCCACAACUCUUGUUUGCGCUCGUGGCUCGAGCAGGACACCUCAUGUCCAACAUGCCGGACAUCCCUGAACAUCAACGGGGACAGCGGCCAGGCGAGAGGUCCGCAGCAAGGCGGGGGACUGGAAGACAACAUCGGCCCAGUAGGAGCUGCUCCAGAUGCUCGACCACAUAUCAACCAACACAAUCACUUCUUCCACUUUGAUGGAUCUCGCAUUGCCAGCUGGCUGCCCAGUUUCUCGGUGGAAGUAAUGCACACCACCAAUAUCCUGGGCAUUGCUCAGGCCAACAACUCCCAGCUCCUGGCCAUGGCCCAUCAGGUCCAGGAGAUGUUCCCUCAGGUGCCCUCCUACCUGGUGAUGCAGGAUCUGCAGCUGACCCGCUCUGUGGAGGUCACCACUGACAACAUCCUGGAGGGACGCAUCCAGGUGCCUUUUCCAACACAGGCCAUAGAGCGUGCCCCUUCACAGGUGAGCACUGCAUCAGAUGAGCAGGAUCCAGGGUCCAGUGGAGCAGCUGAGCAGAACCUCAAUGAGUCAGACAACAUGGAGGUCAGAGGAGGUCGCUUCUCGAAGUCGGCUGAGGAGAGGCAGAAGAUGUUAAAGCAGAGGAAAGAAGAGAUGCUUCAGCAGGCACGCAGGAGAUAUCUGAACAAGAGUCCAGAGGACGCGGAUGAGGAUUUGCCUGGACUGGAGGAGGACACUGUUCCUGACUUGAAUAUGACUGUGCUGAGACGUAGAACCAUGGCGGCAGCUGCAGAGAGACGCAUGCAAAACCAACAAGACCCUGCACCCUGAUAAACAGAUAAGCUUCAGCAGAAGAUUCGACCACAUCAUCAUCCCAAGAGGCAAAGGCAGAGCUAUUUUAACCCUCCCCCAUUCGGUGUACGUUCAGUGGUUGCCACCUAUUCAAAACAAUAAUCAAAAACCAUCGCAAACAUGGCCUUUGGACUGUUUCGGGCUGACUAAAAAAAGGUGGGACUGUUGUGAAUGGCCUCUGCAUCGCUGAGUAUUCGGAACAUCAUAUAAAUUAAUGGGUGCAAGCCAAGAAAUGCAAGGUUGCAUUGCCCUUUACUCAUGUGCCACACAUUGCAACCACCAGCUUCAGUAGGGAGUCAGUUUCUGCCAUGAUUGGGACUGGCUGUCAAAAAUGAGCAUGCUUUGCAGAAGAGUCUGUAAGGAGAGGGCUUUGAAGUUGUCUUCGCUAGAUAAAAGCUAUAUGGGUCUUUGUUUUUCUUUUAUCAGACUUUACUUUCAGUUGUUUUGCUCAUGGAAGCUAUGUAUUCUGAACGGAGAAACUCAUCUGAUGUAUUUGUGUGUUAUUAUUUUAUGAGUUUCAACUGUGAAUUAAGUGUAGGCAAAAUAAUAACAUGUUUUUAUGUCUUACCUUGGAGUAAGAGAAUGUCACUUUAGUAUUGUUCAGCCUUUUUCUGUCAAAUAUGAAUGUUCCUAUCAAAAGUAAUGCUGCAAACAAAGUGUUUUUGACCCACAUGGGUUGUUCUGUAUUUAGUGUGUAAUAUCACCCAUUGCAAACAGUUUUGUUAUUUAACAGGGGGGAGUGGGCAUGUAGUUUUUCUAAUACUCUUCCCUUGAGAUGCACAGGCAGCAAAGGUGAUGUAUUACAUUUUGUACAAUGGGUGUCAUCUGAUAAGGAGCAAUCCUCUCUGAAUAAGAAUAUAUUAUUUCUACUCUAUAUUUACAAGGUCCUCGGUCAUCUGAGUUAAUCGCUGGAAUUUUUAGGGCAUGUAGAAGUUACUAAGUCUGUGACAGCUGGACUUGCUGGACUGUCUUUUGAAGAAGUCUUGCCACUCAUUCAAGAGGCAUCCUUCGAAGAAAUGAGCAGCAGCAAAACACUCUCAAGGCUUAACAACCAGUCCAGUUGCCUUUCGACUUCACUCUUCUACAUACUGAGUGAGAUGGGAAUCUUUCUGGAGACAAUUUUUGGGUGUUUUAUUUGUGCGGCCUUCGUCUGCUCGCACUGAAGAGUGUUAAUUCAAAAUAUAUCAAGGAACAUAAUCAUCAUCUGCUCAAAGAUCUUACUUAAAUAAUCUAAUGUACAUGGACUGGGCCCUUGAAUCAUUUUUGGCAAAAUGUCACUGAGUAGUAGCUGGUUGAGACAUAUCAACGGACACAAAGACAGAGACUGUGUGUAUUAUAAGUGUUUGACUUCAUGUUAUUACAGAGCAAGGACAGUUUGGGGAUGCGAUCUGCAUGAAUCUAGACAAGUGCUUUUGUUUCCUUCCACUUUAUCCCAAAGAGCAGCCCACAAACUUCCACUCAAAGCUGAAGUGUUGUGAUCUUUUACUUUGUGUUUAUUUUAGUGCUCAAAUUCUGUUUUUUGAGGUGUUGUAAGAAGAUAGGAUUUAGAUUUCAGAUUCAAAGGAGUCAAAAUGUAAAAAAAAAAAAAAAGAAAUUGGACAGUUUUCAUUUUCAGGUUUUUUUUUUUUUCAUUCAGUUAUUUAACAGCUCUUAAUAUCCAUGAUAUAUUUUCCUAUUCAUGGGUUACCUUUCAUAACCAUUACUUAUUUAAUCAAAACUGAAAUACUUUUUUGGACUGAGCUUUCCUGUAUUUUUGUGCCUAAAUCAAGAAUGGUUCAGUUAUGGAUAAUUUCUGUAAAUCUAGUUUUUGUAAAAUAUGUUAAUACAAAAGACUCAAUAAACAGAGCUUCUACAGCUUUUUAACAAAA